GAUAGAGCUGAGCCAGUGGCUGGCGGGGGCACAAUCUAAUAGGCGAAAUUGGAAACACACAAAUUCACAGUCCUCUUGUCUCAGCCCGGAGACUGUGCAGGCAAGGAAAGGAAGACUCACCCCUGUGUCCCUCCUCCCCUCUGGCCUAAGUUUGCGCUGACUUCACCCAACAGGCACCUGACCCUCCCAGAUGAGCGGGGAGGGGCUACGGCACCAGGCACGGCCACAGUGGGGGUGGAGGUGCAGGCAGCAAACAAUAUUUAAGAUGCUGAGUUUGUAGAGCAUUCAGGCUGGGGAAGAAAAGGUAUAGGGAGCCCAGUGAAGCUGCACUUUUAACCUGAAGCUUUGAGAAAGGCUAAGAAAGAGCAAGGGAAGAGAGAGCGCAACAGGGUGCUGAGCCCAUCCGGAGUGAAAAGUGCACAGCUGUGAUUUGCUGCAGCUUUGCAGACCUCAGCCGGGCAGAGCCAGAUCCCCCAAAGGAAGUCUUCCUUACCCAGGCCCACGAAAGAUGCUGAAAAAGACUCUCUCAGCUCUGACCUGGCUCUGCAUUCUGAUCACGGCCUUUGUCAGCCACCCAGCAUGGCCGCAGAAGCCCCCGAAGAGCAAGACCCCAGCACAGCUCAAGGCAGCGGCCUGCUGUGCGGAGGCGGAGGAGCUCAGGGCCCAGAUCGCCAAUCUGAGCAGUCUGCUGAGCGACCUGAGCGCGAAGCAGGAGAGGGACUGGGUCAGCGUGGUCAUGCAGGUGAUGGAGCUGGAGGGCAGCACCAAGCGCAUGGAGUCACGGCUCACAGACGCGGAGAGCAAGUACUCGGAAUUGAACAACCAGAUUGACAUCAUGCAGCUCCAGGCAGCGCAGACUGUCACCCAGACCUCAGCAGACGCCAUCUACGACUGCUCGUCCCUCUACCAGAAGAACUACCGCAUCUCUGGAGUGUACAAGCUGCCCCCCGAUGACUUCCUGGGCAGUCCUGAGCUGGAGGUGUUCUGUGACAUGGAGACCACAGGCGGCGGCUGGACCAUCAUCCAGAGACGCAAGAGCGGCCUCGUCUCCUUCUUCCGGGACUGGAAGCAGUACAAGCAGGGCUUCGGCAGCACCCGCGGGGACUUCUGGCUGGGGAACGAGCACAUCCACCGGCUCUCCAGACGGCCGACCCGGCUGCGCGUGGAGAUGGAGGACUGGGAAGGCACCGUGCGCCACGCAGAGUACAGCCGCUUCGCUCUGGGCAACGAACUCAACAGCUACCGUCUCUUUCUGGGGAACUACAGCGGCAACGCGGGGAACGACGCCCUCCUCUACCACAACAACACGGCCUUCAGCACCAAGGACAAGGACAAUGACAACUGCCUGGACAAGUGCGCGCAGCUGCGCAAAGGUGGCUACUGGUACAACUGCUGCACAGACUCCAACCUCAACGGGGUCUACUACCGCCUCGGGGAGCACACCAAGCACCUGGACGGCAUCACGUGGUACGGCUGGCACGGCUCGAGCUACUCCCUCCGGCGCGUGGAGAUGAAGAUCCGCCCGGAAGACUUCCAGCCCUGAGCGCGGCCGUGGCCGGGGAGAGGGGGCCAAGCGGAGGCGGGGUGAGGGCAGGGGAAGGGGAGGAAGG